CCCAGCUCUCCCAGUGAAAUCACCAAGAAUUGGGAGGCCGGGCCCUACAUUCCAGGGAGGCUGUGUAACUCCCUUCCCCACAGGAAGGUUCCGGAGCUGAGCAUUUGACUGUAAAAGGGUCGCUGGAAGGGAGGCAGCAGCCGGAGGAAGAGCACAGCUGUGUCUGGCUGCAGGGCCAAGAGUGCUGUCAAGAAAGAGAGCCACGCCCCCUCUACCAGCUGCCAAAUCUCCACAAGCCUCCAGCAACAGCAGCAACAGCAGCAGGACAUACUGCCAAUCACCAGGAGCCCUUGGGAACUUCAGGAUGCAGAUGUCUCCAGUCCUUGCCUGUCUCACCCUGGGCCUGGCUCUAAUCUUUGAUGAAGUGUCCGCCCUGUAUCCUCCCCAGUCCCGGGAGACCCAACUGGCCACAGACUUUGGGGUGAAGGUAUUUCAGCAGGUGGCGCAGGACUCCAAGGACCGCAAUGUGAUUUUCUCCCCUUACGGGGUAGCCUCAGUGCUGGCCAUGCUGCAGGUGACAACAGGAGGAAAAACCCGGCAGCAGAUCCAAACAGCGAUGGGAUUCAAUAUUGAGGAGAAAGGUGUGGCCCCUGCCCUCCGGCACCUGCACAAACAGCUCCUAGGGCCAUGGAACAAGGAUGAGAUCAGCACCACUGACGCCAUCUUCGUCCAGCGGGAUCUGAAGCUGGUCCAGGGCUUCAUGGCCCACUUCUUUAGGCUGUUCCGAACCACAAUCAAGCAGGUGGACUUCUCAGAGGUGGAGAGAGCUCGAUUCAUCAUCAACGACUGGGUGAAGACACACACAAAAGGUAUGAUCAGUGACUUAUUUGGGAAAGGGGCAGUGGACCAGCUGACUCGCCUGGUGCUGGUGAACGCCCUCUACUUCAAUGGUCACUGGAAGACACCCUUCCCCACCAAGGGCACCCACCACCGCCUCUUCCACAAGUCCGACGGCAGCACUGUCUCUGUGCCCAUGAUGACUCAAACCAACAAGUUCAACUACACCGAGUUUACCACCCCUGGUGGCCAUUACUAUGAUAUCCUGGAGUUGCCAUACCAUGGGGACACCCUCAGCAUGUUCAUUGCUGCUCCCUAUGAGAAAAAGGUGCCACUCUCUGCCCUCACCAACAUCCUCGAUGCUCAGCUCAUCAGUCAGUGGAAAGGCAACAUGACCAGAGUGCCCCGACUCCUGGUUCUGCCCAAGUUCUCCCUGGAGAGUGAAGUUGACCUCAGGAGGCCUCUGGAGAACUUGGGGAUGACCAACAUGUUCAGGCCAGGCCAGGCCGACUUCACGAGUCUUUCAGAACAAGAGCCUCUCCACGUCUCGCAGGCACUGCAGAAAGUUAAGAUUGAGGUGAACGAGAGUGGCACGGUAGCAUCCUCCUCCACCGCCAUUUCAGUCUCUGCCCGGAUGGCCCCUGAGGAGAUCAUUAUGGACAGACCCUUCCUCUUUGUGGUUCGGCACAACCCCACAGGUGCAGUCCUUUUCAUGGGCCAAGUGAUGGAGCCCUGACCCUGGGAAAAGCAGCCUUCAUCUGGAAGAAAACUGGAGAAAAGAAGAAAUGAAGAAAGAAAGAAUUUUAGUUUUAUUGACUCUUUCUGGAGAAAGAGAAGAUAUUUGCCUUUUAAAAAUGGUAAA